AUGUCAAAAGGUGAAUGGUUUUGUCCAAAAAUUAUUUACUUGAAUUUGGGUGUAAAUCAUGAAGCAUCAUUAGCAGCAAGUUCUGUUGGUGGGGGAAAUAAUUCUUUAGAAGAAAUGAUUAAUAGAACAGCAUUGAAACAACUAGAUGAAUAUAUUUCUAUUUUAUUGUUAACUUCAAGUAUGGAUUUAAAUUGUGUUGAAGCAGUUAAUAGAUUAAUGGGUGAUCUUAGAGAAACGGUUUCAGUAAAUGCUUCAAAAAAGAAUUUGACAAUAUUUAAGCUUGUAAUGGAAAUUAAUCGAAUUUUGUCUGGUAUUUCUAUUUUAUCCUGUCAAAGUGGAAAGGAUCGGACUUCAAUGGCUUUGACUUUAGAGGAGGGGAGGAUUUUGAAGGAAACUUGUGGAAUUUCUAAUCAACAGAUGAUGGAAAUAAUUUCAUGUUUACGCAAAGAAGGUGUUAGACGUGAAAAUUGUCGUAAAAAUGUUGGAAAGCCUCUAUACAAAUUUAGCCCUUUUCAAAUGAAUUUUUUACCAAAAGAAUUUAGACCUCCUAUGGGUACUUUUACUAAUUUUGUUUCUACUUAG